AGAGUUGAAGCAAACCAAACCCGCUUUCCCACUCUUUGGAAACCGGAGGCAAGUCGAAACCCACGGCUGCUCUUCCUCCCACACUCUUAUAAGCCCUACCCGAGUCUUUCUCCGUCCGCCACUUUCAGCCUCACCUCCCGUAGGUUAAUAAUAGAUUACGUAAUUGACGCCAUGAGGAUGAGCUGCAACGGAUGCCGGGUGCUGCGCAAGGGGUGCAGCGACAACUGCAGCAUCCGGCCUUGCCUGCAGUGGAUCAAGAGCUGUGAGUCGCAGGCCAAUGCCACCGUCUUCCUCGCCAAGUUCUACGGCCGCGCUGGCCUCUUGAACCUCAUCAAUGCCGGCCCUGAGCACCUCCGCCCUGCGAUAUUUCGAUCUCUGCUGUACGAGGCUUGCGGCCGGAUCGUCAACCCGAUCUACGGCUCCGUCGGGCUGCUGUGGUCCGGCAGCUGGCAGCUGUGCCAGGCGGCGGUGGAGGCGGUGCUCAAGGGCGCCCCCAUCGCCCAGAUCCCCAUCGAGAUGGCGGCCUCCACUCCGGCCCCGCCGCUCAAGGCCUGCGACAUCCGCCACGUCUCCAAGGGCUCCGGCGCCGCGCGGGCCGCCGCAGAGCUCCACAAGGUCAAAACGGCCCGAUCCCGGUUCAAGCGCUCCGGCGCCAAACCCGCGAAGCCAGCCGCCCCCUUGCCCGACUUCCAGCCCGCCGAGAGCCACGACUCGGCGGCAAGCCACGCGACCGAGCCCGGCCCGGCGAAGGCCGGUGCCAGCGGAGAGGACGGGGAGUGCCGGGAGAACGAGAGCAUGUCCUCGGCGGACACCGUGGAGGAGGAGGCGUCGCACGUGAGCCAGGGCGAGCCGGACAGCGCCGAAGAGGACGAGGUUGGUCUGGAGCUCACCCUCGGGUUCGAGCCGGUGUCGCGGCCGACACCGGCUCGACGCCCGCGGUCUGGGGUGGACGGGCGGUGCGACCUCAGCGCCACGGAUAUGGGUGAGUGCACGGCCGACCUCGGCCUGGCUCUGCCGGCGGCACCAUAAGCCAAGCCAAGCCAAGCCAAGCAGUGCUGGAUGUGAACAAAGCAGAGAUGUGAGUCCUUUGAGCUCCCCCUGUUUUCUUGGUUUUCCUGUCCCUAUUGUGCAAGAGGAUGGAGGAGGCUUAUAAUUUAUUGUUUUCCUUUUUCCUUCUUUGGGUGGUAUUUCAGAUGGUAGAGGUUAGCUACUUCCAUGUGUAUAGAAGCUUUGGCCUGAAUAGGAUCCACUUUGUACACUUCGAAGAAAGAAGAGAUCAAAGUUUCUACUUCUGUUUA